AAAUAAGCUCACGAGGCCUCCCAUCCCAUCUCCGGCAGAGAAAGGCGAAAGCCGGAAAAAAUCACCAUGGCUAUCCUCGCCGUCGCCUCUCCGCUCAAAACCCUAAACCCUAGCUCCGCGGGCCACCGCCACAGGCGCCUCUCCACUUUGCUACUCCGCCUCCCGCCGCCGGUGCUACGAGGGCGCCGCCUCCAGUGUUCCGCGCAGUACGGCGAGGCCGCGGCGCCUCCCACGACGCCGCGGCCCGCGGAGAUACCCUGGAGCAGGGAGCUCUGCAACUCGGUGCGGCUCAUCGGAACGGUGGGCACCGAGGUCGAACUGCGGCAGCUGCCCAGCGGCUCCGCCGUCGCGAGGGGUCGCCUCGCCGUCUGGAAGUCGGCCACCGAGACUACAUGGGUGACUCUACAAUUUUGGGAUAACCUGGCUCAUGUGGCCUCUGAGCAUGUGAAGAAGGGUGACCGAAUAUAUGUUUCUGGACGGCUUGUGUCAGAUACUGUUGAUGAGGGGCCUGAGAAGCGGCAUGUUUACUACAAGGUUGCAGUUCAAGAGUUAAAUUUCAUCGAGUCCAUGCAGCCAGUUCGAUUAUAUGAACCAGAGGCAAGCCAGGAUACCCCAGGUGGAAGGCGUGGUGAUUAUUUUGAUUCUACCUCUAGUUCAACUGAGGAUAAAAAUAGGGACAAUAGCAGUUCUUCUCGAUCAACUGAAGAGCUGUGGCAGGCCUUCUUUGCUAAUCCACUUGAUUGGUGGGAUAACAGGACAAAUAAGAAGAACCCAAGGUAUCCAGACUUCAAGCAUAAGCACACCGGUGAAGCCCUGUGGGUUGAUGGGCGGAACAACCCCAACUGGGUUAUAUCUCAGCUGGCAGUGUUGGACUCAAGAAUGGGUUCUCUGCAAGACAAUGAGAGAAAACCAGUCUCCUAUAUGUAUGCGGACGAGUUCAUGACAUUGGAUGGCAAUCGAUAGUCAACCGAGGAAGCCUCGCAGUCCCCAUUUGUGCUUCUCAGCAAGCUGUUGUGCUGAAAGCGUGAUAUCUGGCUGGUGUUCAUGGAUGCUGUAUCAGUUUUGUUGUACAUAUCUGGGCUCGUGAAGGUUUAUCAGGGAGGUGGACGUGCGGCCUUUUCAGUAGUAUUAUGUAGCACUCUGAAGUGUAGCAAUGACAAACAAACGGAGAGAAGUUGGAGAAAGCCUUGGUGUUUACUUGUUUGACAUAUGGUGAAUCUGUUGGUAUGUUGAGUGUCAUCUGGUAUUCAGGUUUUGUGACUUAA